AUGUCCAGUAGUGAGAGAUGGGAACUAAAGCGACCGUCUUUGUCCGUGCUUUUAACUAAAUACUUAUUAAUCUCAGUCCAAAUAAUAUUAAGGAUGUCAACAGAUUUGAUAUCAAUUCUACGACUGGAUUCAGAUUUACCAAGUAAAGUGAUCACUGUAAAAGAAACCAAAUAUUGUGAUAGUUCUUUUAUACUUAGCUGUAUAGUUUCUCAUAGCAUUAAGAAUAAACAUGCUGUCAUUAUUUUAUCAACACAUAAUUCUUUAAUGCAUUAUGAACAAGUUGGUCUUAAAAUGAAUUAUAGUCUUCAAAAGCAAACAGAACAUAUGUUUAAUUUUGACCAAAAAUCAGAAAAAUAUCUGUUUAAAUUGUUUGAUAGAGGAGUCAAAUUGUUUGCUCCUGGAACAGUUUAA